AUGGAGGAGCUCAACAAGGAUCAACUCACAAUUCUGAAGAAGGCGUUCGAAGCCUUCGAUCAUGAGAAGAAAGGAUGCAUCGGCACAGUCAUGGUUGGCACCAUCCUGGGAAUGUUGGGGCACAGCAUCACAGAUGAUAUGCUCAAAGAGAUCAUCGACGAAGUUGAUGUUGAUGGUUCUGGUGAAUUGGAGUUUGAAGAAUUCGUAACGCUGGCCUCCAGGUUUAUGGUUGAGGAGGACGCGGAAGCGAUGCAACAGGAACUUAAAGAAGCAUUCCGGUUAUAUGACAAAGAAGGUAACGGUUAUAUUACCACCGCAGUCUUAAGAGAGAUCCUGAGGGAAUUAGAUGACAAGAUCAGCGCAGAGGAGUUAGACAUGAUGAUUGAAGAAAUUGACUCCGAUGGAUCGGGCACCGUUGACUUCGAUGAAUUCAUGGAGGUGAUGACCGGCGGUGAUGAUGAAAGAUAA